CCAGACAUAGUCGACACCAGAAAUGUGAGCAUGACGCCGGUCUCAUCGACGUCCGGCCUGCUCUCUUGGGUUCAGACGAACAACGUGGACUGUGAUGUCACUUAUGAGGUGUGGCUCAAGUUGCCAACAGACAUGUUGCCCGCUGAGAAACGGAAUGUCGGUUGUGAAAAUAGUGAGUUGACCCCAGUGCCGGUCUCUUUUGGUCACGUGAGACCUGAUCCUCGGCGUCGUCUUAAAAACAGGCUCAGCUGA